AUGGAGGUGAAUUUAAAGAAAACACAAGUUAUGAGAUUUGAGAAAACAAAUUCUAAAAAAGCGAAACCAAUUUUUAAUCUCGGAAAGAAAGAUAUAACUGUUGGAAAAGAAUACUGUUAUUUAGGCAUUAAGAUGAACAACAAUGGUAAUUUCACCCCAGCUCUUAAACAGUUGAGUGAAAAAGCCCUCCACGCAUUAUACAGUAUGAGAAGACGACUCAAUGUACACCGACUUAACCCAAAAUCUGCUAUUAAAAUUUUCGAUCGAAUUAUAAGCCCCAUCCUUCUUUACAACUCUGAAGUAUGGGGGUGCAUAUGUAAAAAAUAAUUUUAACAAUUGGGACAAGUUACCUAUUGAAAAAGUCUACCUUAGAUUCUGCAAAAUAUAUCUAGGUGUUGGUAAAAAAGCUAGCAAUAUCGCCUCAAGAGGUGAACUAGGAAAAUUCCCUCUAAUUAUUAAUAUCAAUUCUUCAAAAGACUUUUCAAGUACAUCGCUCAUUUGAACUAUUUAUCGGAAACAGCCAUUGCCAAACAAGCUUUCCUAAUCUCAAAAGAUUUGUUUACUAAACAGAACACUUCUUAUUAUGGAAAAGCAAUGGAUAUUUUGAAAGCAUUUAACCUCAACACAGAAAUCACUGACUUGGAAUCAAUCACAACUGAACUUAUUCAACCUAUUACCAAAGGUAUUAAAGAAAAUUACCUCACAUUUUGGAAACACAAACUUGAAAAUUCCUCGAAACUAAUCUUUUAUUCGACCAUCAAGAUAGAUUACGAACUAGAAAAGUACUUAUCUAUAAUAAAAGACUCAAACAAAAGAAAAACCUUAACACGAUUCAGAUUAAGUAACCAAGCCUUCAGAUUGAAAGUGGUAGAUACCAUAAUAUAG